ACCGGACGGAUCAAUUUCUGGUUUGUCUGACCACCAAAGACCAUCCACUCACACAUUCACCUGGCCAGUCUGUAAGGCGGCCCUGCUCCGACCAUAGAGAUCAUGAAUCUCAACCUGUCCGGGUUCUUCAACGUUUUUAAACUAUUGGCGAAACCCUCGCUGUGUCUGCCACACGCGACCGUCUCUCAAUUCAGUGAGCUCCCUUUCCCGCUGGAAAAGGUCUUCGAGACCCCGGGGCAGGGCAACAAGGUGCAAAUCAAGGCAGUCGUGUUGGACAAGGAUGACUGUUUCGCAUACCCAGAGACAAACCUAGUACACCCCCCGUACGCCGAACGCUUCCGACAGCUGCGGAAGGAAUUCCCUGGACAGAGACUGCUCAUUGUUUCCAACACCGCCGGUGCUACAUCCUAUGACCGGGACGGCAAGUUAGCCACGGAGUUGGAAUCCGUCACGGGCGUCACGGUCCUGUCGCAUACUGUCAAGAAGCCAGGCUGCAAGGACGAGAUCAUGGCACACUUCCAGAAGCACCCCGAGGUCGGACUUACACACCCGAGCCAAGUCGUCGUGAUUGGUGACCGGUUGAUGACGGAUAUGAUGCUCGCCAACACCAUGGGAAGCCGGGGCAUCUGGAUCAAGGAUGGCGUCGCUCCCCUAACGGAAAAGAGCAUUUUCACGCGCUUUGAGUAUAGAAUGGCCUCGUUUCUGCUUGCUCGAGGAUUGAAGGCCCCCGAACCCAUCAGUCCUUUUGAGUGAUCACAUCCUCCUUGUCCAGUGCCAUCCUCUCCCUGCCUCUCCUCAUGACGGAGUCUCGUGUCUUGUAUUUGUCGAGUAUCUAUUGCAAUCUUCACCCUGUAGCUAUGCUACUUCUUCAGAGCUCGUCGUGAAUAUUUGCAGGCAUUUGAUCUCGUCAGCUGGGGAAAACACAGCUCAUAUCAUCUAUAUUCUUCUGAGCUUUGGUUUGCAGUACCCCCAUGUGGCAAUAGGAACGCCCCCAGUUGAACCACACCGCAAAUGUCGCCGGCGAAGGUCAAGAAACCCUAAGUGGCAUUGCUUUACCGGAUGCAGAGCGGUCCAGAACAACCGCGAGGUCCCGCCUUUGGGUUUGUCACGGACUGUGAUUAUUAUUGUAAUUAUUAUUUUGGACUUUUUUUUUUUUGUAGGUUUGUCCUGUUGCACAACUUCGGAUGCAAGUG